CUCGAGCCGCCGACAAGACCAGGAUGGGCGCCUUCAAGUACCUGACCGAGCUCCACAAGCGCAAGCAGUCGGACGUCCUCCGCUUCCUCCUCCGCGUCCGCUGCUGGGAGUACCGCCAGCUCGCGGUCCUCCACCGCGCGUCGCGUCCCUCGCGCCCGGACAAGGCUCGCCGCCUCGGUUACAAGGCCAAGCAGGGCUUCGUCGUCUACCGCAUCCGUGUCCGCCGCGGUAACCGCAAGCGCCCCGUGCCCAAGGGUGCCACGUACGGCAAGCCGACGAACCAGGGUGUCAACCAGCUCAAGUUCCAGCGCUCGCUCCGCUCGACUGCCGAGGAGCGUGUCGCGCGCCGCUGCGGCAACCUCCGCGUCCUCAACUCGUACUGGAUCAACCAGGACGGCGUCUACAAGUACUACGAGGUGAUCCUGGUCGACCCGUCGCACAAGGCCAUCCGCCGCGACGCCCGCGUCAACUGGAUCUGCAACCCGGUCCACAAGCGCCGCGAGUCGAGGGGCCUCACGUCGGCCGGCAAGGCCAACCGCGGCCUCGGGAAGGGCCACAAAUUCAACAAGGCUCGCCAGUACGCGACCUGGAAGCGUCACAACACGUUGUCCCUUCGCCGCUACAGGUAGACGGUGCGCGUGUUGGUGCGUCUUUCUCUCGGAGGAGGUCGGUCGGGCGGCCGUGUCGGCGUGGGAGUUCUUCGUCUGUAUCUCCCUGUCGUGCAACGUCUUGCUCCUCC